AUGAUAAAAUUUUUACUUAUAAAUAUAAUAUUAUUGGUUUUAAUUAAUAAUUGGGGUAUUGUACAAUUAGCGUUGUUUUUAAUAUGUUUUUUAGUGUUUUUAGGGUUGGGCCAUGAUUUUUAUAUAUUUAAUUUAGGAAUACAAUUAGGGACAGAUUAUUUAAGUAUAAUUUUAGUGAUAUUAAGGGUUUGAAUUGUUGUACUUGUUAUUUAUAGAAGUCAAAUAGUAAAAAAGACAAAUAAAUUUAGUUGUUUAUUUUUAUUUUUAAAUUUAAUUUUAUUAUUUGCUUUAGUAAUAACUUUUUGUUCUAUAGAUUAUUUAAUGUUUUAUUUAAGGUUUGAAAGUUCUUUAAUUCCUACUCUAAUUUUAAUUUUAGGUUGAGGAUACCAGCCUGAGCGAACUCAGGCUGGUAUUUAUAUAUUAUUUUAUACAUUAUUUGCUUCUUUACCUUUAUUGGUGUCUUUAAUUAGGUUGUAUAUAGUGGGGGGUAGUUUAAUAAUAGGGUUAGCUAAAGUAAGGGAAUCUGAGUUAGGAAUGGUCAGUAUUUUAUGGUAUUUUUUUACUAUACUGGCAUUUGUAGUAAAACUCCCUAUGUAUUUAUUUCAUUUGUGGUUACCUAAAGCUCAUGUUGAAGCUCCUGUAGCUGGUUCAAUGAUUUUGGCAGGUGUUUUAUUAAAGUUAGGUGGGUAUGGUUUAAUUCGUGUAUUAAGAAUGUUUACUGAAGAAAAUAAAAUAUUUUCUUGAGUGUGAGUAGGUAUUAGUGUCUUAGGAGGUGUUUUUGUUAGAAUUUUAUGUUUACGGCAAGUGGAUAUGAAAUCUUUAAUUGCUUAUUCUUCAGUAGCUCAUAUAAGAUUAGUCUUAGGUGGUUUAGUGGUGUUUAGAUGAUGGGGAAUAAAUGGUGCUGUUAUUAUUAUGGUAGGACAUGGAUUAUGUUCGUCCGGUUUAUUUUGUUUAUCUAAUAUUAUUUAUGAGCGAUUAGGGAGUCGUAGUUUAUUAAUUAACAAGGGGUUAUUAAAUUUAAUGCCUUCUUUGGGUUUAUGGUGAUUUUUAUUAAGUAUUAGGAAUAUAGCGGCUCCUCCUACGUUAAAUUUGUUAGGAGAAAUUAAUUUAAUUAUUGGAAUAGUAAGUUGAAGAAAAGUAAGGAUAAUUGGGUUAAUUGGUUUGUCUUUUUUUAGGGCAGCCUAUACUUUAUAUUUGUAUUCGAUUAGACAGCAUGGGACGUUUUUUAGAUCAUUGUAUGCAUGUUGUUCUGGUAAGCUAAGGGAGUAUUAUGUUUUAAGUCUCCAUUGAAUUCCUUUAAAUUUAAUAAUUUUAAAGAGGGGUUUAGUUUUACCUUUAAUUUAA